AUGUAUCAAAUGAAAAAUAGACUAAGCGAAGAACAAGCUGCACGAAUCAUACAAAGAGCUAUUAGAAAUAGAAAAAGCAGAAAUAAUCCAGCAACUUUACAAGAAAUGCGCCACGCUGAACUUGAAUUAUUGAAGCUUCGUCAUAGACAAAGGCUAGAAGCUAAAGAAAGAGAGUAUCUUUUCUUAUCAAAACUCCCUGCAGAAGCUGUAUUAAGACUUGCAUUAAAAAAGCAAGCAGAUGCUGCAGUUAUUAUUCAAGCGUUUUGAAGGGGAAGAAAAACAAGGAAACUUAUGGAAAGAGAAAGGCUAAUAACACAAACUGUUGUAACUCAACCUAAAUCAGCACCUAGAAAAUUCCAAGCUCCACCUGAUACAUUUUAUAAGCCAAUUGAUCCAGUAAGACAUGAAGCAUUAAUAAAACAAACAAAUUAGCUCAAUUUAGCUAACUUUCCAGUUGGGUCUCUAGUAGCAGUGUGGUGAGGUGUGUUUUUCUCAUUAUUUCCGCUACUCGAAUUCAUGUUGCCUCGAAGUCUUGCUCACUCGUUCUAAUUCCUGUAUAGCUCCAUUUGAAAACCCAGAAGUACAGAAUAUACUAGCGGCUUGGCGCAUUCCUGGCUUUAUCCGACUUUCCUACAGUGUCUGUUCAGCCUAAGUGUCCUGCCUUUUGUAUCAGCAGGGAAAAGGUAAAAACACAUACACAAUAUGAGCGAAGUAAAAUUCCUCAAAUUUUCUUCUCGGUGUCCACGUGUAAAAACUUAAUCCUAUUAUAAUAAAAGUUGGGUGAUGGAAAAUGAGUUCACGAAGUGAAUUACCUCUUCAUCCUAAGCCAUUUUAUUAUUUAAGCAAUAAUAAAACAAAUCAGACUUAAAGGAAGAGGAAAUUUAGAAAUAUAUAAAGAAGAAUAUUCAAAAUUCCUUGACAGACAAGUUGCAUGGGAUAAGCUAAGAAGCCAAAAGUAUAGUGACAGAAAUGAAGUAAAAUAUAUUAUAAAAUCGUUGGAGACAAUAAAAGCAUUAAAUGACCCUUUAAAAUAUACGAUACAAGAUGCAACACCUCAAGAAGUGUUUAUUGCAAAGGAAAUUCAUAAAAGAAAAAUCCCAGACCCAAAAAAGUGGUGGAAAGGGCUUGAAAAUGAUGAUGAGUGGGAUCUUCAGAUACUUGGAGGAAAUGUGCUGGACCAAAUACAAAAUUAUAAGAUGGAGAUGUAUAGAAACAGGAGAAUGGAGUUUGCUGAAUAA